AAUCGACUCAUCUCUCUCUCUCUCUCUCUCUCUUUUCCCUCCCUUGUCCCCUCUCAUCCACACCCACACCCACACCCACAACACGCACAUAACCUGCCUUGUUCUUCAAUUGUCGCACAACCCUCGGCAACCACAAUGAAGGGAAAACGUGCUGUUCGAAAGGCUCGCCAAGACGUGGCCGUCAAGUCGUCUUCGUCACCCCGAGUCCGAGUUGAAGAGGUUGCCGACGACGAGAAAGCUGGCCAGUUGGCUAUCCAACCGCCAAGCCAGCCCCGUAAUGAACUCGAGGAACGCGUCAACGACCUGGGCGACUCGUGGGAAACCGAGUCGCUCUUUGAGGAUGUUAUCGAAGACAUCGCUGAAGAUAGGUUCUUUGACGAUGUUGACGCUUGCACCCCCGAGCAGGCCGUACAAUAUCGCCAACAGCUGCGAAUCGUUGGGCCCCAGGAGUUUUGCAAGCAGACCGUCGAGGCGGGCACCGUCACGGCCAAGAAGCUCCUCACCGCGUUCGGGAUCCGGCCGCCUGCUUUUCUCGACGGUCACCCUGAUGAGUCUUACUACGGCUUGCUGACCUUGGCCCUGACGCGUGAGCUGGCUAAGCGCGCCAAGAUUCUCCAGUAUAACACGGUUGAUGAUGCCGUCGCCCUGCUCAAGCGAUCGCGCAACAUCAUCGUCUUGACGGGAGCCGGCAUCUCGACCUCGCUCGGCAUCCCCGACUUCCGGUCUAAGAACACAGGCCUCUACUCGCAGCUCGAGAAGCUCGGCUUGGGCAUAAACGACCCUCAGGAAGUCUUCAACAUCGACGUCUUCCGCGACGAUCCCACCAUCUUCUACUCCGUCGCGAGGGAUAUCCUGCCCGAUACCAAGGGCCUCUUCUCGCCGACGCACGCCUUCAUCGCCAAGCUCCAGGAGAAGGGGAAGCUGUUGACCAACUAUUCGCAGAACAUCGAUAACCUCGAGGCGAACGCCGGCAUCCGCCCCGACAAGCUUGUGCAGUGUCACGGCUCCUUCGCCACAGCUACAUGUCAGAAGUGUGGCUACAAGGUUCCCGGCGACAGCAUCUUCGCCGACAUCAAGGCCGGCAACAUACCCCGCUGCUCCAAGUGCAUCCUCGCGCUGCGCAGCGGCGGCAGCGGCAGCGGAUCGGUGAAACGCAAGCGAUCCUACAACAGCAAGACGACGGCGGGCCGGAAGCCCCGACGGAGGCGGUCUAACAACGACGAUUUCGACGACUCGAUCGACGACGACGACGACGACGACGAGCGCUACGACAUGCCAGCGGCCGGGGUGAUGAAGCCCGACAUCACCUUCUUCGGAGAGCCGCUGCCCGACGAGUUCACCCGCCGGCUGGUUAAGCACGACCGCGACCUGGUGGACCUGGUGAUCGUGAUCGGGACGUCGCUCAAGGUGGCGCCGGUGUCCGAGGUGGUGCCGUACCUGCCGCCGCACAUCCCGCAGAUCUACAUCUCGCGCACGCCCGUCGGCCACGUCAACUUCGACAUCGACCUGCUCGGCGACUGCGACGUGGUCGUCGCCGAGCUGUGCCGCCGCGCCGGCUGGGACCUGCGCCACGACAUGGUGCCUCCCGGCCAGACCGUCGACAUCCGCCUCGAGGACGGCUACACGAGCCGCCACGUCUUCACCGUCGUCAAGCCCGAGCCCGGCCGCGGCCCCGCCGCCGCCGGCGCGAGCACGAGAUUCUCCCUCCGAUAGAGCGGCCUACGGGGGCGCAGGGUUUCUACGUUACGACAUAUAUAUCGCCCGACCGUGCCAACUAGGUACUUAUUCCUCGCAAUACGGCGGCGUUAAGGAAGAGGGUGUAACUCGUUUUUUUUCUGGCUGCUUCUUUGCUUGUUCCUUCACAGCACGGCGUUUAUAGGAUGUAAGUUUUUCCCGAGGCGGUUCCCGCAGAAUAGGUCUCGGGCCGAUCGACUACGAAGGUUACCGCUACUUGAUCGAUCCCUCCU